UUACGUUUUGACCUCUGAACUCUGACUAGCAAUAGAGUGAAGAUGGCGGAGGUUGAUUUUGGUGACAGUGAGCUCUUUGAGCAAUUAGAAGAUAGUUUGCCUGUUGCUACUCACAUUCGGUUCACGGAGGAAGAUAAGGAUGGAGAAGGCGGCCCUGAAAUCAAGGAACGAGUAGGGGAGCGUGAGGAGAUAAUUCGCAGUCUCUUAGAAGAAAAUCAAGAUUUAAAAAGAAAAUUGAAAGUUUUGACAAGGCCUAGUGGUAUCAAUGUUGAAAACAUUAAGAUUGAUGGACCUCUUCUACAGAUCCUUUUCGCCAAUAAUAGCAUCUCAAAGCAGUGCCGUCAAGAAAUUGAAGAUUCCAUCUGUAGUAUUGUUCACAAACAUCAGUUGUAUGGAGGCGUUGAAACAGGAACUCCCUCCAGCAGUGUCAACCCUCAGACAUCAAGUUUUGUUAUGGAAGAAGAUAAGAAGACUAAAGCCACCUGUGGCAUCACAAAGAUUAAGGAGGCCUUCAGUAUGGUGGGAAGUGUCCUGUAUUUCACCAGUUUCUGUCUGGACAAACUUGGACAGCCCCUGCUAAAUGAUAACCCCCAGCAGACAGAAGGAUGGCAGGUUCCAAAAUAUCAGCAGGUUUUCAGCCAGGUCCUCGCCUUAAAUGGACAAGAAGUUCAGAUUAAAGAGAAAAGAGCUAAACCUUGUUGUUUCAACUGUGGAUUGGAUGGGCAUCAACUUCGAGACUGUCCUCAGCCAAAGGAUAAUGCCAGAAUCAAUGAGAAGCGGAAGGAGUUUUCUCAGGGUAACCAAGGCAACCUAAGCAAUCAGCGUUACCAUGCAGAGGAAGUGGAGGAACGAUUUGCCAAAUAUAAACCAGGAAUCAUGAGUGAGGAGCUGCUAUCUGCACUGGGAGUUGAUAUGAAUACCCUACCCCCUCACAUCUACCGCAUGAGGGAGCUAGGCUACCCACCUGGCUGGCUUAAGGAGGCCGAGAUGGAGAACUCCGGCCUCACACUGUAUGACGGAAAGGUUUCAAGUGAAGAACAAACAGAGGAUGGCAAUGGACAAAAGAUUUCCUAUGAUGUUUCUAAGCUUAUAGAUUUUCCAGGCUUCAAUAUAUCUGCACCAUCUAGUGUGAAGGAUGACUACAGGCUAUAUGACUCUAUUCCAAUGCAGCAUAAUCACUUGAAGCAGAAUUUUGCUGCAUAUUUGUCAAACAAUUUUCCAAUGCCUGGAGCCAACUGCAAAAAGAGACUGCAUGAAUCUGACUCAUCUUACCGACAGACAAAGAAAAGAAAAUCUGAUGCCAGAAGUUCAGAUAUGGACGUUGAUUCAGACCAGGACACUACAUCCCGCCAUCACCGGAGUUCUGACAGCUUUCAGUUCCAGCCCCCGCUGCCCCCUGGCUCACCAUCCUUUGGUUCACCCCCUCCCUUACCUCAUGGUACACCACCAGCCACUCCCACUCCACCCCCUCUUCCUAAGGGAACUCCUCCCCCCACGCCCACUAACGGCUCACCGGCUCUGCGGGGACGCACUGUGAGUGAGGAGUCUGCAGGUGGGGGGGGAGAGGAGGAGGAGCUGACACUGGAUGAGUUAGAGGAGCAGCAGAGGCUGAUCUUGGCAGCUUUGGAAAACGCUGACACCGCUACCAGCAGUGAUUCAGAAGCGCCAGCUGUUGGAACUCCCUUCCUCAGCUCGCCCAGUAUCUCGACGCAAUCACCAGACGAAGAAGAGAGCCCUCAGAGCCCUGACGCAGCUGAUAGAGGCCACACGGUUGCAGAGAAACCUGUUGAGCCGAAAACACCAGUGCAAGAGGAGAUUUCCAUGAGCCAUCAAGCUGCUGCAGGUGGAGCCAGUGAGGUGGCAUCGAGCCCUAGCUUGCCGCAAACACCAGUCCAACAAAAGAGCUGUCAGACAGACUCCUCAGAUCAGGAUGCCACGGAGGAUCUGUCCGACUCUGCUGGGAAGGUAACAGCCGUGCCUCACCGGAGUAGGUUUGCACAGGGCAUUAUUCCCUUUGAGGACACACCUGAAUUCACAGAGGUUGCUGAGGCCACUGGAACUUACCUUAAAAUCCGAGACUUGCUAAAAGGUUCCCCCCGAAAUGUGGCAAAAAACAAAAAGUGAGGGAAAACUGUCUUGAAUUAAAAUCCAGGAAUUAUUUUUGCAUAACUGUUUUUUAGUCUGUGGAUUUCAUACACUGAUCUUUCUAUAUGUGUGCCACAAAAGUUGGAGCAAACAGUUUGGUGACUUGUCAUUCAAACUCCUUUUUAAAUUGUGAAUAUCUUUUUUUGUUUUUGUACUGGACUGAAUUUCCUCUGUGUAUGAGUAAGAUGUGGUCUGUUAAGGUGCAAGGUUUUUUUUCAGGAAAUCUGUUUUGUAACAACGAUGACAUCCAUAUUCUUCUUUUAGGUGUAAAUAUGAGAUUUUAUUAAAAAACAAAACUCCCCUUGUCUGUUUUUACCAUAAAUUGAUAAAUUUUCAACAAUUUCUCUUAGCAGUCUCGGUUCUUAAACCUCACAAACACUGUUUCUCAAUUUAGAUAUAGCCUUGAACUAGGUAAUUUAAUUCCCUUAGCUAUGGGCUUGAUAAUAAUUUGAGAACUUUACUGGAAGGUUUGAGCACCCCUGGGUUAAUCAAUAUACAUGUAGAUUUAGGGUACAUUUGAAACUCAUUGUUUAUGCUGUUGAGGGGAUUUUUUAUGGGAUUUUAGUUUGCCAGGAAACGUGUCUCUGCAUUCAGAAUCUCAUUACAGCAAUAUGGCUUGGCAUAAUGUCACUUAAGUAACAACUUUGUACAUUUAUUUUCUCACUUUUCAAAUUUUUUUAGUCAAAUUCAAAACAUUUCCCUUUAAAAGUCAAUGUUCAAUAAAUGUAAAUACAACUUUCUCUUUAA